AUGCCCCGUGAUAACUACAACGAUUUCGACUUUUCCACCAGCACUAGUGAUACGGACACUGAGCGUACCAGCGAGGGCUCUAGUCUGAUCAAAGACUUGCAGCUUUCCCAAUUGUCUCGUGCCAAGGUAGCCGUUGUGCUGAACAGCAUCCAUCAUGUGAAAAUGUGUAAAGCCAAGGAAGGAGGGCACGUGACGGCGUAUGCGUUAGAAGUCUUCUUGCAAUCAACGCCGAAAGGUAUCGCGAAGAAGAACAAGUGUACGACAGAUGACCGGAGUCCAGACUACUCAGUGGAGCAUCGUUAUUCGGCGUUCCGUACGCUACGCGAAUGCAUCAGCGAAGCGGUGAAUAUUCCCAAAGACAAGAGCCACGCGCGGUGGUGCCCAUAUUGCUCUCGUGUACGGGAGCUCGUCCACUCGAGCGUGUUUCCACCGCGCUUUCCAAGCAACAGCAUAACAAUCGCUACGGGCUUGCACGACUACUUGGUGCGCAACCGUGAGCACCGCCUGGAGAUGUUCAUGAACCUGCUACUUCGUGCGGCCAAAGACAUUUCAUAUCGCUCAGGAUGUACCCCAUGCGGGCGAUUCGAGAUCGUUUCAAAGCUGCUGAACGACUUCCUGGCAGACCAACACCUGCAACACCCUCUCAGCGUGUAG